UGGUGGAGUGAAGGGCUCCCGCCUCAACUUUCCCAUCUGUUGGCGCGAUAAUACUCGCCAGGUUAAGCAAAAACAAUAAAAAAAACAGUGAAAGGACCGCGAUAAAAUCCCUGGUGUUUGACCCAAGCUUGACGCCAGCCUUGUCCUCUGUCGAGGUGUUCCUUGGGAUACUUGAAGGACUACCCCUCGAGGAGCUACCCCUGGUGUUUGACCCAAGCUUGACGCCAGCCUUGUCCUCUGUCGAGGUGUUCCUUGGGAUACUUGAAGGACUACCCCUCGAGGAGCUACCCCUGGUGUUUGACCCAAGCUUGACGCCAGCCUUGUCCUCUGUCGAGGUGUUCCUUGGGAUACUUGAAGGACUACCCCUCGAGGAGCUACCCCUGGUGUUUGACCCAAGCUUGACGCCAGCCUUGUCCUCUGUCGAGGUGUUCCUUGGGAUACUUGAAGGACUACCCCUCGAGGAGCUACCCCUGGUGUUUGACCCAAGCUUGACGCCAGCCUUGUCCUCUGUCGAGGUGUUCCUUGGGAUACUUGAAGGACUACCCCUCGAGGAGCUACCCCUGGUGUUUGACCCAAGCUUGACGCCAGCCUUGUCCUCUGUCGAGGUGUUCCUUGGGAUACUUGAAGGACUACCCCUCGAGGAGCUACCCCUGGUGUUUGACCCAAGCUUGACGCCAGCCUUGUCCUCUGUCGAGGUGUUCCUUGGGAUACUUGAAGGACUACCCCUCGAGGAGCUACCCCUGGUGUUUGACCCAAGCUUGACGCCAGCCUUGUCCUCUGUCGAGGUGUUCCUUGGGAUACUUGAAGGACUACCCCUCGAGGAGCUACCCCUGGUGUUUGACCCAAGCUUGACGCCAGCCUUAUCCUCCGUCGAGGUGUUCCUUGGGAUACUUGAAGGACUACCCCCUCGAGGAGCUGCCCUAGGAGGAGUCAGAGGUCCCCCUCGUGUGGAGUAUGAGAGUGACGGCCGGAACUCCACUUGGAGAUGAGUUUCAACAGCCUACAGACUCCAGACUUACUCCUCGACCUGACGUAAAUCUGAAGAUGGCCGCCAGAUACCAUGGGGCUGAGGAGGAGAGGGAAGGAACCGGGCCUGCUGCUGCUGCUGCGUCCUGCUGCGCCUGCUGCUUGCGUCACCCCUGCGUCAAGCGACGCGCCAAACUGCGUAAGGUCAUGGGUUGCUUCCUGCAGAAAUUCGACAACUUUCUCAACCGGUCGUUCUGCCGGCUGGGGCACACGAUCGCCGGGCACUACGGUUACUUCAUCAUCGUGCCCAUCUUCCUGUCCGCCAUCUUGGCCACGGGGUUCCAGAGGAUCAGGUACGAGGAUGACCCCGAGUACCUCUUCUCCCCCACCACGGGGUCAGCCAGGAACGAGAGGGCGGUCAUAGAGGAGAACUUCUACCUCAACUUCAGUUCGGACUUCCACCCGUCGCGUCUGACCCGCACGGGGCGCUUCGCCAGGUUCAUCAUAACAGCCAAGGACAACGGAACGCUCCUCCGCACCCACGUGUGGGACGACAUCGUUAAGGUGGACCGGCUGGUGCACUCUGUGAGCGCCAAGCUCGACGAUAACAAGGUGGUGAGGUACGACGACCUGUGCGCCAUCUGGGACAGCAAGUGCUACGAGAACAACGUGUUGGCGCUCCAGGAGCUGAUGCCGCAGGUGGAAAAUGGCACUUUUAACAUCACUUACCCACUCAUGCUCAACCCCAGCACCUUCGAGACCUACGUCUUCCCGCACUUCUUCGGCGGCCCCGUCGUGAACAACGACAGUGUCGUGGAGAGUGUCCAGGCGCUCUCUAUCUUCUACUGGCUCAAGACCAACACUCCCAAGCAGGACGCUGACGCCGCGCGGUGGGAAGACGCACUACUUGCCGCCAUGUUCGAGAGGGACUUCGGUAGCGUGAAGGUGGCGAGGUUCGUGUCCCGCACGCUGGAGACGGAGCUGGAGAACAACACCAACUCCGUGGUGCCGUUCUUCGGGGUGACGCUGGCUAUCAUGGUGUUGUUCAGCGUGUGUUCCGUGAUGAUGGGUGACUGGGUGAGGACCAAGCCCUGGCUGGGGUUGAUGGGGGUCAUCUCCGCCGGCCUCGCCUGCGCCGCCGCCUUCGGCUUCCUCAUCUACCUCGGGGUAGAGUUCAUCGGCAUCAACAUGGCGUCGCCCUUCCUCAUGCUGGGUAUUGGUAUAGACGACACCUUCGUGAUGUUGGCGGCGUGGCGACGGACGCGGCUCCAGGACAGCGUGGCGGAGAGGAUGGGCCAGACCUUCGCCGAGGCCGCGGUUAGCAUCACCAUCACCUCCCUCACCGACAUGAUCUCCUUCUUCAUCGGCGCCAUCACUCCCUUCCCCUGCGUCCAGAUCUUCUGCCUCUACACCGGGACUGCCGUCUUAGUGACCUAUGCCUGGCACAUUACCUUCUUCGGAGGCUGCUUGGCCUUGUCCGGCUACAUGGAGAAGGAACAACGCCACGGACUCACUUGCCGCAAGAUCAAGCCCAAGUCUGAAACAAUGGACGAGGGCUGCUGUUACCGCACCUUCUGCACGGGCGGCGUGAGCGCGACCGACCCCUGGAACCCUGAGGACAACCAGAACCACGCCCUCAUGGUCUUCUUCAGAGACUACGUCGCGCGCUUCCUCAACAUCCCCGCCAUCAAAGCUCUGGUGAUCAUGGUGUUUGUGGUGUACCUUAUGGUGGCGUGCUGGGGCUGCACCAUGGUCAAGGAGGGACUCGAACGCCGCAGAUUAUCACGUGACGACUCCUACUCCGUUGAAUUCUACGAUAGCGAAGACAAAUAUUUCCGGGAUUACCCAUAUAGGAUUCAGGUGGCCAUAACUGGCGACGUGGACUACAGCGACCCCGUCACCCAGAAGGAGCUCAUGGCCCUACACAAGCAGUUUGAAGGCUUAUCAUUCAGCGGUGGACCCCUCUACACGGAGUCUUGGCUCAGGGCGUGGCUUGGCUUCCUUGAGAGAAACCAAGACUACUUAGGAAUAAAUAUCACAAAUGAAGAAGAAUUCUGUUCACAUCUAAAAGAGCUGUACCUAUCAGGCCCAGCCAAUCCAUUCGCUCAGGACGUCAGAUUUAAUGAAAACAAUACUCGCAUUUUAGCGUCCAGGUUCAUUGUCCAGACUUAUAAGAUACUGGAUGCCAACGCCGACAAGGACAUGAUGGAAGCAUUCCGUAAAGUCGCUGCGGAUUCAAAAUUCAACGUUACAGUCUUCAAUCCAUUUUUCAUCUAUUUUGAUCAGUACGUGUUGGUGAGGACGACGAGCAUACAAGCCAUCUGUCUGGCUGCCGGCAUCAUGAUGAUAGUCUCCCUCAUAUUUAUACCAAACCCUUUGUGUUCUCUCUGGGUCGCCUUCUCUAUUGUCUCGAUAGAAAUAGGUGUUGUGGGUUAUAUGACGUUGUGGGGAGUUAAUCUAGAUUCUAUUUCGAUGAUAAAUCUAAUCAUGUGUAUUGGUUUUAGUGUUGACUUCUCGGCUCACAUAUCAUAUGCCUAUUUGGCAGCUAAAGUGGACACCCCAGACGAGCGGGUGCAGGAGUGCCUGUAUGCUCUUGGUGUGCCCAUAAUACAAGGUGGCCUCUCCACUAUUUUAGGCAUUACGGCACUAAUUUUAGCUCCUUCCUAUAUAUUCAUCACUUUCUUCAAGACUGUGUUUCUUGUAAUCUUUUUUGGAGCUUUGCAUGGAAUCUUACUUUUGCCAGUUCUUCUUUCGCUCCUUGGUCCCGGGUCUUGCAGUAAAAAGAAAGAGAGAGAGAGUCCACCUCCAUCUAAGACUCAUGGCCACCCAUUCUUCGUUCAUGGCCAAGAAAUUUCUCCUGCAGGACACAUCGAUGCCAACAGUCUAAAGAUUCCACGGCCACAUAGUUUAACUUCCGCACACAAUGGUGCAGUAGCUUCACAAGUGGCACCCGUUGUAUUGGCCCGCUCGGCAUCGUAUCUUACUAAAGGCGCUAAUUCCAUGUUAGCAUCCAGUAAAGAGGAUGGCAAUAGUCUAGAAAAAGACUUAGGUCUUGGAACUUCAGGUGAAGAGUCAAGUGAAUCAAGCCUGAGUAAGGGAGUUACAACACGGCGCGGAGGUUCAGAUAUUGUUACUAGUGCUGUAGGACGUCACGGACUUCCUAUUCGAGAAGUGUACAGUAAUAACGGUUACAUUAGCGAUGACAUGGAAGCUGAAGAACGGCGAGCACAGGAACGUCGUGUUGAUAGAUAUGGUGAGUGGGAAGAUCCACGUCAAAGUUAUAAUGUGCAACGUUCAUCUGCCGAUUAUUCGCCUGCUCAACAAGGCUCUUCUCGUGCACUUGACCAAGAACAGCCCCGCCACUCCAGCUCUCGAGAGAGGAGUGCGCACCAAAAUGGCUCGGUAGUUCAAUAUGGUCUACGUACAUCUUCAGAACCCAGGGGACGAUACCGUGAUCGAAAAUAACAGUGUCGCGCUUAGGUGACUGUGUGCCAUGGCCAAGUGUACAGUGUACAUAGUUUAGUGUGAAUGGAUAGGCCCAGCACAGCUAGUCACUGGGCAGAGCCUUCCCUUUUCCUCUUCCCAGGGUACCAUAUAACCCCGUGGGUAUGUGCCAUUCCAUCCACGUCAUGACUGCCAGUAUCCUCCAGUCCUCUUGUUUUCAUCCUUUAUUCCUCUUAGUGGAUGUAAUCAUUUAGAAAUUGUUAUAUGCAGGGGGAGUUGCUGAAAGGAGCUUGGCAGUGUUUUAGACCAAUUUUUACUGCAAUUUUUUUACAAUUUUACAAACAUUUGUUGAUCUAUCAUUGUGUUUGGUUUGUUUUAAUUUAAAAAUAGACCACAUCUAACAAUUGUCUUUAAUUUUAAAAUAAAAACAAAAUUGAGGAUGAUGGACUGAACAUUUGUGUUGGCAGUGUCAGUACACAAGGAAAAAAUUAAUGAAAUGCCAAAAAAGUUCGUCUUGGGGAUUAAAAAAAAAUUCUUCAGACUAAAAAAUGUGAAUGUUGUGUGAACGUUUUGAUAAAUGUGUGUAGUGUAGUGCCUGAAAGUUGGUUAAGUAUUGUGAUUGGAUAUUUGUUUAAUUAUGUAAAUGAGUUCCUCAUUGAUAUCCUCACUGAAGAUUAUCUACUUAAUUAUACAUUUCCAUUUUUAUUUCAUUAUCUUCAAAGUAUUUUUCAAAGAGGAUUUGGGCACUGGCAAGCUCCAGCUGGCUAAGGCUCGAAACCAUCCCAAGUUUUUAGUGCAUUAUAAAGUAAACUGUAUCAGUUACCACGCAUGUGGCCGAUUACAUUACUGUGCUGUCAAAAUUACUGUUCUAUAGACAGAAUUCCUCUUAAGAACGAUCGUUUUUUCACUUUUGCAAGUUUUUUUAACUGGAGCAAAUGUAAUUUAAAUAUUUUGAUACUCUUAUUUUAUCAAUGUUUUGUUUUUAGCUUUAAGAUCAUCAAUAAUGAAUAGACUUGUUUUGAUACUGUAAAAUUAUGAAAUAUGGUUCAGUUGUGUCAAUGAACAGCCAAGUUGCACAGUUCAUCUCUGUGCUUCCAUGUUGUGCAGCGAGGCUGGUAUGGACACAACUGUUGCCCAGGCAUGAUUGCUGCUUCAUAGUGGCGAACAUGCAAGUACAAAGUACUGAUCACGGUAAUAGAAAUUCAGUGAAAUUAUGAAAUUCUUAUGCAAUAUUAAAUAUUGACUAUAUUGCUUUAAAUAUUAAAUGGCAAUAUGGCAGAAUUAAUUUUUUGCUAUUAAAAAUGUACAGGAUGUAAUCUUUUGUUCAUCUAAAUAUUGGUUUACUCAAACAUAUGUGAAAAGAGCACAAAAUUUAAUUUUUAAAACAAUUUUUUUAAUACUGUGAUAAUGUUUUCAAGUUUCGCUAGGUUUGUAUUUAUUUCCAUCUGAAACUCUUCAGAUAUUACACCAAAAUUUUGUAAAAUGUUAAAAUUAAAUGAACGGUAUCCUCACCAAAUUCAGUAUUACUGUAUUAAACUUUUCUACAUUUUUCAUGUAGUAUUAAUAUCGCUAAUAAAAUAAAAUGUCGAAGAAUU